AUGGUUCAAGACCAUCCUGCUCGGAUACUAGCUGAUACCGGUGCUGGUUUGUCCAUAGUCUCAGAUUCUUUCAUUAGUAAGUACCAAAUACCCACAAAACCCAUAAAAACAAGAUCGAUCCAUGGUGUCACCGGGCACCAACUCUCCAUCAAUAGUUCUGCGAGCAUGCAGGUAUCUAUUGGUACACACAAUCUGGGUGUGGUCGAAGCUUCAGUGGCCGACACUGCGGACUAUGACCUCAUCCUGGGGUUCACUGAGCUACGGAGGCUCAAACCCACCAUACAAUGGGAUACGGGCCAGCUGGAGUUCAAGACUCAGGAGCAGGACCGACCCCCUAGGAGACCCCCUGAAGCAGCAAGAGCAGGGGACCUAACCAUGAGGAGACCAACCCUUCAUGGUAACGAGUUUGUCUCAGCAGAGCGCAUACUACGAGCAGCUCUGGAAGAUGGACCCAUAGGGUUCAUGCUGUUAGAGGAGCCACCAUCAUCACUCCCGGCCUUUGGUUUUGUACCUACAGGCGCAGACAAAGGAGUCGAGAUGGAGGUGGAGGUAGAUAAGGUGGUGACGGCUGCAGACAUACCAAAGCCAUACCAACACCUGCGAGAUGUGUUUGAUGAGGUGGAAGCAGACAAGCUGCCCCAUCAUACCGAGCAUGAUCUCCACCUCGAGUUGAUAGAAGGAGGUAAGCCACCUCAAGGGCCCCUAUACCUUAAGGGACCCAAGGAGAUGUCCGAGUUGAGGAGAUACUUGGAUGAGAACCUCGAGAAGGGGUUCAUAAGACCAUCGAAGAGCCCGGCACGAUCACCAGUGCUCUUCGUACCAAAGAAGGAUGGAGGUCUCAGACUCUGUGUGGACUACAGAGGUCUCAACGAGAUCACUGUCAAGAACAGGGCACCAUUGCCCCUCAUCGAGGAGCAGCUGUUCUUACUCAGGAAGGCAAGGAUCUAUACCAAGCUAGACCUUAGAGCAGCAUACAACCUCAUCCGGAUUGCUAAAGGAGAUGAAUGGAAGACAGCUUUUGGCACUCAGUUGGGACUCUAUGAGUACCUAGUGAUGCCCUUUGGCCUAGCCAAUGCUCCGGCUCACUUCCAGUCAUUCAUCAAUGACAUCUUCCGAGACAUCAUUGGAGUAUAUGUAGUGGUAUACUUAGAUGACUUCCUGAUCUUCAGUGACACUGAAGAGGUACAUGUGAAGCAUGUCACCGAGGUCCUCACUCGCUUAAGGAGCAACAGGCUCUUUGCUAAGCUGUCGAAGUGUGAGUUCCACACCAAGACAGUCGAGUUCCUGGGGUACAUCAUCAAGCCAACGGGCAUAGAGAUGGACCCAGAAAAGGUGCGCACUGUCAAGGAGUGGCCAAUGCCAGAGUCAAUCCAUGACAUCCAGAGGUUCCUGGGUUUUGCCAACUUCUAUCGAAGGUUCAUAGCCCACUUUGCUCGCAUAGCCAAGCCCUUGACAGCACUGGUAAAGCCUAUAGAACGGUUCAAGAAGUUCGAGCUACCAGAGGAGGCCCAACAGGCCUUCCACAAGCUCAUCCAGGCCUUCACAUCAGCAGGAGUGCUUCAGCACUUCGACUACCACCUUCCAACAAGGUUGGAGACUGAUGCAAGUGACUUUGCUAUAGCAGGAGUGCUCAAGCAGGAGCAUGAAGGACGAUGGCAUCCAGUGGCCUUCUACUCUAGGAAGAUGUCUUCUGCCGAGAAGAACUAUGAGAUCCAUGAUAAGGAGCUCCUAGCUGUGGUCACCUGCCUCACUCAGUGGCGACACAUGCUAGCUGGACUACCGAACCAACUGGUCAUCCUCACUGACCAUGAAGCCCUCAAGUACUUCAAGUCACAGAGACGCAUCACAGGUCGACAGGCUCGAUGGGCCAUACUACUAGCAGACUUCGACUUCAUAUUGCAGUAUCGACCGGGAGACAAAGGUGGUGAACCCGAUGCUCUCACCAGAAGGACAGACAUGCAACCAGCUGGUGAAGAGCAGGAUCACAAUGUGAGGCAACUACUGCCCCCUCGAGUGUUCAAGGAGACAGCAGACCAUGACUCGCUCCUAGUGGCCCCCAUGAUCUCGAUGGAGUCCAUAGCAUCAAAAGGUCUCAAAGACCUGGUCAAGAUCUUCCAGCCCUUAGACCAAGAGCUACAGGAGAUACAUAGGAAGAAGCCCUUCGAGGUCAGGGAUGACCUAUGGUACAGUGGAGGAAGGUUGGUUAUCCCCAAAGUGAUCAUGCCAGGGAGGACCAACAACCGACACUCAAGGAGUGCCAAAGAGGUAGAUGGACAGUCUCUCUCUGUAGAGCAUCUGCGAUUCAUGGUGAUGACCCAAUGCCAUGAUGGUAUCACUGCUGGACACGUAGGAAGAGAUGCUACCAUCAAGGCAGCUCAACGACAUUACUGGUGGCCAAACAUGACAGCUUGGAUUGCAGACUAUGUAGCAAGUUGUCCUGUAUGUGCUAGGUACAAAGCUCCUCGUCAUCGUCCAUAUGGUUUGCUACAGCCACUAACAACCCCAGACAGGCCCUGGGGCUCCAUAUCCCUCGACUUCAUCGAAGGACUACCAACAUCGAAGAAGUAUGACUCCAAGACCUAUGACUCUAUCUUAGUCAUUGUCGACAGGCUAACCAAGUUUGCCAUACUAGCUCCAACCCAUAAGACAGUCACGGCCAAACAGACUGCAGUAUUGCUAUACGGACACAUGGUUAGACUCUUUGGAUAUCCAGAUCACAUGGUCUCGGACCGAGGCAGGCAGUUCAUAUCAGGAGCAUGGAAGGCAUUUGCAGAGCAAAUGGGUGUGAAGCACUCACUUAGCACGGCUUACCAUCCUCAAACUGAUGGUCAGACAGAGAGAGUCAAUCAGGUCAUAGAGCAAUAUCUCAGGAUGUACUGCAACUAUGAGCAGAAUGACUGGGCCAACCUGCUGGACACUGCGGCCUUUGUAUACAACAACACGGUCCACAACAGCAUUGGUGUCUCACCAUUCUUUGCAUGCUAUGGAUGGAACCCCAAAGCUCAUCCUGACAUCCCUCAACGACUAGGAGUCAAUGAUCCAGGUCGCUUCGAGUACCUCAUGGAUGGAAAGGAGCAUUGCAAGUACCUCCAGGAGCAGAUCAGAGAGGCACAACGUAGAUCAGUAGACCAGUAUAACAGGAAGCACAAGGACAUUGAGUUUAAGGUGGGUGAUAUGGUCUAUAUCAACCGCCGAAACUGGAAGACACGGAGACCCACACCCAAGUUGGAUACCCGGUUUGCAGGACCCUACCCAGUUCAGGAACGGGUAGGACGCCGAGCUUACCGAAUCACAUUGCCAGCAAACCUUAGGGUGCAUGAUGUGUUCCAUGUCUCCAUGCUCGAGCCAGCAAGAACAAGUUCUCUUCCUCAACGUGCUGAACAGCCCACCAUGCCACCACUUCCAGAUGAGGACCUCGACUUCGAAGUUGAAGCACUCAUCGACAAGCGUUCACACAAUGGGACUACAGAGUACAAGGUGUUGUGGAGAGGGUACUCAGAAGAAGCUGCUUCAUGGGAACCAGUAGAGAACCUCAACUGUCCCGACCUCAUCCAGGAGUAUGAGGUGUCGGAGGGGGGACGAGUGAGUAGACAAAGUAGAGAAAGGAGGAGAGAACAGGAGGAGUAG